AUGGGAAUUAUUUGUUCAAAAGAUUAAAAUGUAGUUAAAGAAAUUCCAUAAAUGAUUACGUAAAAUGUAAUUCAUAUAUAUAUAGAUCAGUUGAAGAAAAUAGGCUUUAAAUUAUUAGAAAUGACUAGUUAAGUGUCAUUUAAGAAUUUUAAUGUGCUAUAUGGAGAAACCUUUCACUAAAGUGGAAAUAAAAAAAGCUAUAAAUAUCAUUGACUCAGAAUAAUGAUAUUAAAUAUGUCUUGAAUGGGAAAUCUGAAUAUAUGUAAGUUUAAGCAAUGAAAAAUAGAGAUGUAUUGAAAUUUUAAGCAAGUCCAGAAGUUUUGAAAAAAUUAGAAAAGCUUAAAUAUGUUGAAAAGUGGGGAAAUAGCAUACCACAAUUUAAAAAGGUAUAAUAGAUGACUGUUAAUUGGAAUUCACAAAAACUUAUAGAAAUUGGUGGAUGCUACAAUUAAGAUGGAUUAAAGUUGGGAUUAUGGAAAGAAUUAAGCUAAUAUUAUUGGACGUAUAUAAUGAUUAUUUGAAAAUAUAUAGUAAAGCUCAAAUUUAUGAAGUUGGAGAAUAUUUCAAUAAUUUAAGAACAAAAAGAUGGGUAUUUCUUAAUUAUAAUGAAAUAAUGUAUAUCUAAAUCUUUAAUUAUUAAGAGGUGGGGGAUAUUACAACUCAGAUGGUUAAAAGGUUGGUAAAUGGAGAGAAAUAGAUGAAUUUUCAAAGUAAUUAGCAAUUCAAUUAUUAGAUAAUCUUAUGUAAUAUGUGUUGGGGAAUAUAAAAAUGGUAAAAAAGUAGGCAUAUGGGAUUUUUGUUUAGAGGAAAAUAGAUAUAUAUCUUAAAUAAUGUAAUUAUGAUAAUUUUAAACAAAUUUAGUGGCUGUGGAUAGUAUAUUGAUUAAUGUGAGGAUGGUACACUAAAAAAUGGAAAGUGGUAUGAAUUGGGGAAGGGAUUUUUUUCAUAUUCCUAAAUCUUACUUGAGGGUUUAUAUAAAAUGGGGAAAAAGUAUGGUAGAUGGAACCUUUUUAUUUAGGAUACAAAAAUGUAUAUAUUUGAAUUAUACAAUAAUGCUUUACUUAAAUUUAGUGGUGGUGGAAGCUAUGAUGAAAUAAAUGGAUAAUGUGAAGUAAAGAAUGGAAGAUGGGUAGAGUAAUCAGAUUGUUAUAGUUACUAUAAAAAAAUGUUAUAUGCUGGUGAAUAUAACAAUAAUAAAAAAAUUGGUAGAUGGGAUAUUUUGUUUGAUUUUGAUUCUAGAUAUCAGUUUAAAUUAGUGUAAGUACUUAAACUUAAUCAUUUUAGUGGAGGAGGAACAUAUACUUUAUAAGAAGGAUUAAGUUCGGUUAAAAAUGGAAAAUGGAUUGAAUUAAAUGAUAGUUUUAGAGAGUAAUCACAAGUUACUUAUGUUGGAGAAUAUAAUAAUAAUAAUAAAAUAGGUAGAUGGGAUACUUGUUAUUCUGAUUUUUGGCAUACUAUUUAAAUGUAAAUUGAAUUAAUAAUAUUUAACAAUUUUAGUGGAGGAGGGUAUUAUUGUGAGAAUGAUUCCAUAAAAAUAGGAAGAUGGAUAGAAUAGAGUGAUGAUUAUGGAGAAAAAUCUAACGUAACUUAUGAAGGAGAAUAUAAUAAUAAUUAAAAAGAAGGUAAAUGGGAUAUUUAAUAUUAUGAUGAGUUUCUAAAGAAAAAAAUAAAGAUGUAAUUAUUCAGAAGUUAAUCAUAGUUUUGGAGGAUGUUAUAAGUAUGCUAAAGGGCUUGGUACAAUCAAAAGUGGGAUGUGGGUUGAAAUACGUAUGAAUCUCAGUUUUUAAAAAUUCUUUAUUUUUCAAGGUGAAUAUCAUAAUAAUUUAAAAAUUGGUUAAUGGAAAAAAUUAUAAAAAUAUGAUCGUAUCUUUUAAAUCUGGUAUUAUAAUAUAACAAUAAGUAUCUUAGUGAAAAUUUAAACUUUGAUUAACAAGGAAAGUUAAUAUACUAGUCUGGAAAGUAUUUUCAUUCAUUUAUUAUUAAUAGAAAUUCUUAAAUUAUGUUUGCAGGAGAGUUUAAGAAUGGAAAAAAAGUAGGUAGAUGGGAUUCUUUUUAUAAAUUAUUUAUACAUAAUCCUUAUAAAUUAAUGUAAAAAUAAUAUCUUUAUUAUGUUAGAGGUGGAGGAUAAUACUAAGAGGUUAAUAAUGGUGAUUCUAUUAAAAUUGGAAAAUGGAUUGAGUUGAGCGAUGGAUUUUAUGGUCAGUCACAGGUCAUUUAUAAUGGAGAAUAUAAGAAUGGAAAUAAAGUUGGUGAAUGGGAUAUUACAUAUAGGAGGAAAGAGAAUAAUAGUUUUUUAUACAUGUAAGUGAAUUAAAUUGAUAAUUAAGUGGUGGUGGAAAAUAUUUGUAUGAUGAAAAAGUGGGUUCAAUUAAAAUUGGAAAAUGGAGAGAAUUGAGUGAAAGAUUUUAUAGUGGAUCUUAAGUGAUUUAUGAUGGAAAUUACAUAAACGGCUAAAAAUUUGGUAGAUGGAAUCUGAGGUAUAGAAAGGAUGGAUUAGAUAACUUUGACAUAAUGUAUUCAAAAAUUCAACUAAAUUUAGUGGAGGUGGAUUAUAUGAUAUAAAUAAAGAAUUAGGUUCAAUUAAAAUUGGAAGUUGGAUUGAAGUGAAUGAUGGAUUUUAUAGUGAGGCACAAUUUACUUAUAAUGGUUAAUAUUUAGAUAACAAAAAAUUUGGUAGAUGGGAUAUUAUGUAUUGGUAGGAUGGGUUUUAAUUCGAAAAGAUGUAAAUAAAAAUUAAAGAAUUUUAGUGGUGGAGGGUCUUAUUCUAUAAUAUAAAGCUUAGAUUCGGUUAAAACUGGAAAGUGGAUUGAGUUGAGUGAUGGUUUUUUCAGCAAAUCUUAAAUCAUUUUUUAGGGAGAGUACAUGAACGGUUAAAAGUAUGGCAAAUGGGAUAUUUUGUUCAGGCAGAAAAUCAGUGAACCAUUUAAGUAAAUGUAAGCAAAUGAAAUACUUAUAUUUAGUGGUGGAGGUUCAUAUGAUUUUGAAGAAAAGUUAGGUUCAAUAAAGAAUGGAAGAUGGGUUGAGUAAACUGAUGAUUAUGGUUAUGGAAUAGGAUUAUUUGAAGCCUUUCAUAUCGGUGAAUAUAAAUAAGGGAAAAAAGUAGGAAUAUGGGUGGAAUUGAGAAAAUUAAAAGAUAGAAUGGAAGAAGGUUUUAAACAAACAAAUGAAGUUAAUUAUAAUAAUUGA